UCAUUGGAUACUAUUUUAAACUUCCACUAAAUUCUCUGUACCUUGUGCUGUAACUUUAUCACUACCUUUUUGGAUUUUGAAUAAAAAAAAAAACCUAACAUAAUCCCAAAAUCUCAACGGUUUUUGAGUAUCUUCUUACCGCACAAAACACACAAAUUUCAGAAAAAGAGAGAGAACAGAAAAUUAAAACAAAGCAAACCCUUUUAGAGAGAAGGGGUUGUUGGUUUUUUUAUUUUUGUUUUUUUUUUAAGAGAAAAUUUUGUUGUUUUGCAGGUGAAACAAUGGAGAGUAAGGAGGAUGUUAUUUCUGUUGAGCUUCCAGCACCUGCUUCUUGGAAGAAAAUGUUUUUCCCCAAGAAAGUUGGUUCACCGAGGAAGACUGAGAUCAUGUUCGUUUCACCAACUGGGGAGGAGAUUAAUAACCGAAAACAGUUGGAGCAGUAUCUAAAAUCAAACCCUGGUAAUCCUCCAAUAACAGAGUUUGAUUGGGGUACAGGUGAGACCCCUAGAAGAUCAGCGAGGAUCAGUGAAAAGGCCAAGGCUACUCCAACACCAGAAAAGGAACCCCUGAAGAAGCGAGGCAGAAAAUCAUUGAGUGCAAAGAAGGAAGACAAGGGAACAAAGCCUGUUCCUGAAAAAUCUGAGGGUGAAAAAGAAAGUGAAAAGGAAGAUGCACAAGCCACAGAGAAGAAAAAUGCAGAAGGUAAAAAUGAAAAAGGUACUUUCAAUCAGGUUGACAAUGGAUUUAAAACAGAAGCAGCUGACCAGACUGGGCAUUCUGAUGCCAAGAUGGAGGAAGCUGGGAAAGAAGCUGGAAAAGAUGUUAAGAUACCAGAAACUGCAGAGGAUGACAAAAAAGAAGAGGCUGCUGGUGCUGAAGAAACACCAACUCCAAUGGAAGUUCAAGAGAAACCUGCAGAAGCUAGUUGUACUGAUGGAACUCAAACUGAAAAAGAAGAGGAAGUCCCUAUUGAAAAGGUGCCGCAAGCUCAGGCAGAGAAAGAGAAUGGUACAUGCCAGGAAAAAUUAGAAAACCCCAAAACUAAUGGGGGAGUAGGGAAAGAGAAUCCAAAUGGAGCAAUCCCUGAGUCCGAGGGAGAGGCCAAAGAGAAACAAGGUGUACAGGAGGUUGCUGGCAAGUGGAGUUUUCAGUUAGAGGAGAAAGGCAAGGCAGUAGAUGCGGAGGUGAUUGAAAAUGGUAAGGUUAAACCUCCGGGAUCUGCUCCUGUAAGCUGCUAAAUGUACCAUCUGAUAUCCUAGCUAUCCUGUUGUACUGUCUUUUUUUGUAUUGCCCGUGUAACCUCUAUGAUUCCAUGGAUGACUGUAACAUUUAUGUUGUUGUUGCUAGAUUUGAUUGUAUGUAGGGAAAUCAACCUGUAUCCCUGUAAGUAGGUUUUGAAAAUUUCAGCUUAUGUUAUAUUUUGCUGAACUUAGAUUGUAGGCACCUGGAACUCAUCACUUAUGGUUAUUGGCUCAAGUUUCAAAUUGAAAAUAACAUGCUAUGUGGCAUAGAUUAACUGCAUCGUA